AUGCUUCAGUCAAAACCAUCGCAACUCCAUAGACGGUUUUUGUCUGGUUUACUGCGUGUCAAACGCUACCCAUUAAGGCGGAUUCUGUUCCCACUCGUCCUGCUGCAGAUCAUCAUUGUGACGUUCAUCUGGUCGAACCCGCGGCAACAUAAUGCAUUCCAAGAAGGAACAAGCUACUUGCCUCAUUACAACGAUAUCGACAGCGAUGACAACUCUUGGUAUGGUUUCCUGACUUCGUCCCUAAAAAACGAUCGUAAGAUGCAGUUCGCCAAGACGUUAUACGAGAAUCUAAAAUUCAGUACCGACCCUAGAUGGGUGAAUGAAUAUACACUACAAAAAGAUCUGCUCAUAGUAAAGAUGGGCCCUCAAAAGAGCAAAAAGCUCGAAUCUGUCAACGACUUGAAGUUUUAUGACUUUGACCCCCGUCUGACGUGGUCCGUUGUGCUGAACCACCUGCAAAAUAAUGACGCAAAUAAGCCGGAGAAACUGCCCUUUUCUUGGUAUGAUUGGACUACAUUCCACGAGCUGAAUAAAUUGAUUUCCAUUGAAAACACCACUCUACCUUGCAAUUUUCUUUUCCAAUCCGCCUUCGAUAAAGAGUCUUUGGAUGCCAUUGAGAAGGAACUCGGCGAACCUUUGUUCCUAUACGAAAGAAACAAAUAUGCGAAGAAAAUGUGGUAUAAGACCGCAAGGAACCAGGACAGAAUCAAGGACACAAAGGAACUAGAAAAGCAUUGUUCUAAGCUGUUUUCCCCAAACGGGGAUGGUUCUCCCAAGGAUUUGAAAUUUAAUACGCAGUUCCGGAUAAUGGAGCUGUAUGAUAAAGUCAGGGCAGAAGUUUUUCAAUUGCAGGCAAGAAACUACAUCUUAACCAGUCAGUCUCCUCCGCUGUCCAUUUCCAUCAUUGAAUCGGACAAUUCCACAUACCAGGUGCCCUUGCAAACAGAUAAGUCUAGGAACUUGGUGCAAUCCGGUAUGUUGCAGAAGUAUAUUACUGAUAACGUCAAUUCUACGAACAAAAAGAAGAAGAAAAUGAACCAGGACGUGGUGUUCAACCACAACAGUCUUUUUCAGAAAUUUGUCUCCAAUCAUGAAACGAACUCCCUAUAUAAACUCGAUAUCAAAGAAACUGAUAAAUCUACCUUUGACAAGGAUCUGGUAGAAUUAUCCUUUUCAGAUUUUUCGUUUGAUGCAUCCAAGAGAAUUGAAGAGUUGGAGUCACAGAAGAAACUCGAUCCAGACAAUUUUUCCGCACAUAACGAGAACUAUUUGAAAAGUUUGAAAAACUCCAUAAAGGUAAGUCCUGCAAUGCAAAGAAAGUUCUUUUAUGAAGCUGGUGCCGUUAAACAAUAUAAAGGUAUGGGCUUCCACCGUGACAAAAGAUUUUUCAAUGGUGACACAUUGAUCAAUGACAAGCAAGAAUACCAGGCAAGACUGAAUUCGAUGAUUAGGACUUUUCAAAAAUUUACAAAGGCCAAUGGUAUCAUAUCUUGGUUGUCUCAUGGUACACUGUAUGGCUAUCUUUACAAUGGGAUGGCUUUUCCUUGGGACAAUGAUUUCGAUUUACAAAUGCCCGUCAAGCAUCUACAUUGGCUCAGCCAGUACUUCAAUCAAUCUUUAAUACUGGAAGAUCCACGAGAGGGUAAUGGUCGUUACUUCCUUGACGUCAGUGACUCUUUGACAGUAAGAGUCAAUGGUAACGGUAAAAACAAUAUUGAUGCGAGAUUCAUUGACGUUGACACAGGACUUUAUAUUGAUAUCACCGGUUUAGCUAGUACCUCUGCCCCCAGUAGAGAUUACUUGAACUCGUACAUCGAAGAGCGCUUGCAGGAGGAACAUUUGGACAUCAAAAAUAUCCCAGAAUCCGAUGGUGAAACCGCUAUUUUUCCCGAUAAAGUGGAUGAUGGGCUGGUCAAUUUGGCUACUCUGAACAUCACUGAAUUACGUGAUUACAUUGACAGUGACGAAAAUAAAAAGCAUAAAAGGAUUUCUUCUAAUAAUGAUCUGAAAAAUCUCUUGAAAAAGGAAUUGGAGGAGCUGCCCAAGUCUGGGACCAUUGAGAACAAGUUGAACCCGAAGCAAAGAUAUUUCCUCAAUGAUAAAUUGAAACUCUAUAACUGUAGAAACAAUCAUUUUAACUCCUUUGAAGAAUUGUCUCCCUUAAUCAAUACUGUUUUCCAUGGUGUACCCGCGCUGAUUCCUCACAGACAUACGUACUGUUUGCAGAAUGAAUACCACGUACCUGAUAGAUAUGCAUUUGAUGCUUACAAGAAUACAGCCUACUUGCCCGAAUUCAGGUUUUGGUUUGAUUACAAUGACUUGAAAAAAUGCAGUAACAUUAAUUCGUGGUAUCCAAAUAUCCCCAGCAUCAAUUCAUGGAAUCCAAACCUCUUGAAAGAUAUCUCUUCUACAAAAUUUGAGUCUAAACUUUUCGAUUCCAACAAGGUCUCUGAGUAUUCUUUCAAAAACCUGUCCAUGGACGACGUUCGCUUAAUUUAUAAAAAUAUCCCAAAAGCUGGCUUUAUCGAGGUAUUUACUAAUUUGUACAAUUCUUUUAACGUCACGGCCUAUAGGCAGAAGGAAUUGGAAAUUCAGUAUUGUCAAAACUUGUCAUUUAUUGAGAAGAAAAAGCUAUUACAUCAAUUACGCAUUAAUGUUGCUCCCAAGCUAAAUUCGCCCGCCAAAGAUCCCUUCCUUUUCGCUUAUGAAAAGGCCAUGUGGGAAAAUUUAUCAAAUAUCAUGAACAAGACUACAUUAGAACAUGUUACUAAGUUAGUUCAUGAAGAAUAUGCUGGAAAGAUAAUCGAUUUGUCUGUCAGUCUAAAAUAUAGGAAUUUCUCACUUUUCAAUAUCACUUCUGAUGAAACUGGGAAUAUUCCAGAUGGCAAUACAGUUGAUUAUAAACUUCCUAGCAAUGUUGAUGUAAAUCCUGCGGAUUUUAGAUCGAGUCUGAACUUGAGUAGUAACGCCUUUUUGAAUUUGAAUUCCUACGGUUUAGAUCUUUUUGCGCCUACUUUAUCCGAUGCUAAUAGGAAAGGUAUUAGAAUGUUUGAUAAGGAUCCAAUUGUUAUAUACGAGGACUAUGCGUAUCUAAAAGUGCUUGAAGAAAGAAAGAAGAGGGAAAAGAAGAAGAAAGAAGAGGAAGAGAAGAAGAAAAAGGAAGAAGAGAAGAAGAAGAAAGAAGAGGAAGAGAAGAAGAAGAAAGAAGAAGAAGAGAGGAAAAAGAAAGAGGAGGAAGAGAAGAAGAAGAAAGAAGAGGAAGAGAGGAAGAAGAAAGAAGAGGAAGAGAAGAAGAAGAAAGAAGAGGAAGAAAAGAAGAAGAAAGAAGAGGAAGAGAAGAAGAAGAAAGAAGAGGAAGAAAAGAAGAAGAAGGAAGAGGAAGAGAAGAAGAAGGAAGAGGAAGAAAAGAAGAAGAAGGAAGAGGAACAGAAUAAUCAUAAUGCACAAAACUAA